AUGUUGCUCCCACCUCGUCAUCCGCUCCUCGAGCUUCCCUGGAUGCCCCGGUCACCGAGGUUCCGCUGGAAGGCCUCCACCGCCAAGGCCUUAAAGUCUCCAGACCCGGCCAAGGCCCAGGCCACCGUGCCGCUGGCGCCUUCGGCUUCAAAGAGGUCCCGUGCGAGGUCCCCGGACGGAGGACACUCGGCCGCCAAGCGCCACCGUUCUGAAAAACGGGAUACAGACGGGUCCAGACAUAAGGAGACUCCCCGAGAGCCAUCGGAUGCCGAUCGGAGGCCUUCAGAUCCUCGCUCCGCGGCUAGAGCCCUCCAGACAACCGAGACCGUCGACACUCGUCCCGGGCGCCGAAACACUCCUCCAUCUGGAUCUCGGCCCCUCUCGACGUUCCGUCAUACUCCGGAGGACAUUAUUGUAGACCUUUCUGAGCCGGCGUCACCUGCCAGCCCGAGAGAGGACAGGCGAUCCCCCACCCCGAUGCCCGAGUCGAUGGUCCACCGGGCCUUAGUGCAUCGUGCCGCUUCGCCAUCUCCUCCGCGCCCCUCCGAGGCCGACUAUUUCUACGAUGAGGUGACGGACACCUACUACAUGGCUGUUCCUCGCGACUCCAUCAAGUCCCACGUCAGGCCACCUGCUGAGAGACCUAGACCACGUGCAUCCUCUAGGCCAUCCCGCGCGCCUAGCCGCGUUUCGGUAGCCACUGAUCUGGAGGUCGUUGAUCGGGAGUCAGGACAGGAGAUAUCCUCUCAGGCUCACUACCACCCUGGAGACGACUCGGAUGCCUCUUCCGAAGACAACUAUCGGCCUUCCAAUCAGGAGUUCGCCCAACCAGGUGCAGUGUCCCCCUCGGACGACGUACGCACAUUUGCCGAGCAUGUGAUCAAGAUGGGGAACGCUCUCGAUAUUCAGUUCGCCCAGACAGAAGACGAGGCCUCUGAUCCAAUUGAGAGGAGGAUUCAUGGCAAGCUCCCCACUCCACCUGCCAUCCCUCUGCUCCCUUCAUUGGAGAAGCUAGCCAGACGUUCAUGGGCAGCCCCAGCAUCGACAGCUGCUAGUAACAGGAAGAUUGAAUCCCUGUACAGAGUGGCUCCGCGCCCAACAUGGCUACUUGAACAUCCGCGCCAGAACUCGGCCAUCGUGGAGGGUUCCCAGCGCGCCUCCACUCCUAAAGCUUCCUUGAUGCCGUCGGACAGAGAGGCUAAGAAAAUCGACGCCCUCGCUAAAAAGGCCUACUUCUCCUCGGCCCUGGGGAUGAGAGUAGCCAAUUACAACGCGUGUAUGGGCGCAUACAUACAAUGGCUCAUGGAGAAGAUCUCCCCUCUCAUUCCUGACCUUCCCGACGACUCCCAAGGCAUCCUCUCAGAGGUCCGAGACGAGGCUCAUUCAAUUGGCAGCUGGAUCAUCACAUCGGCAAGACAUUCCACUGACUGUGCCGCGAAAUCCAUGUCAGCAGCCAUCGCCUUGCGGAGACAUGCAUGGUUGAGGUCCUCCGACUUAAACCAAAAUGCUCGCUCCACAAUCGAGGACAUGUCCUUCGAUGAAGAUGGCCUCUUCCACCGCGAAACGGACGAGAAGUUGAACUUCAAGUAUAGGAUGAGGACUGCGGCCAAGAAACACGGGCCUGUGGUUUGCGACGAUCGACCUAAAGGACGCCUACUUCCACGUCAGCAUCCGCGAGAGCCACCGCAGGUUCUUGGCUUUUGCCGUCGGGACCAACGCCUACAAGUACAACGUCCUUCCCUUCGGUCUGUCCACAGCCCCUCGAGUUUUCACCAAGUGCAUGGCACCUGUAGUAUCCCAUCUACAUCGCCGGGGCAUCAGAGUCUUCCCGUACCUGGACGACUGGUUGCUGGUGGCGCCAUCAGACCAAGAGCUCAGCCGUCACAUUGCCGAAACCUUAGAGCUCCUGCAAAGUCUGGGUCUGGUCGUGAACCUCGAGAAGUCUCAACUACUGCCCUCCAGAAUCAUAAGGUUCGUCGGCUCGACCCUCGACUCAAACACUUGUGUCGCAUCCUUGCCCUCCGACCGUUUUCUAACUCUCGCCCGAGCCAUCGGAAGAUGUGUCGGCCGAAGAAGAAUAGUUGCCAGGGACGUCCAGGUAGCCCUAGGACAUAUGGCGUCAACCACAUUCGUAACACCGUGGGCAAGACUCCGGUCCCGACCUCUCCAGUCCUGGUUUCUUUCGGUCUUCGACCCAGAGACAGACCACCCGUCACGUCACCUCACGAUCCCGAGACCAGUCGCUCGCUCCCUCCGCUGGUGGCUCGACUCCCGGAACGUUUGCGCCGGCAUGCCUUUUUCUCAACCCCAGCCCGAGGUUGUGCUGACCACCGACGCAUCAGAGGACGGAUGGGGAGCCCACACCACGGACUUGUGGGCCAAAGGACAGUGGUCCCAGGACGAAAAGAGGCUUCACAUCAAUGCCCUGGAGCUACUGGCGGUACAGAAGGCUCUAAGGGUCUUCGAAUCCUCUCUAUCCGACAAGGUGGUUCAGCUCAGGACAGACAACACCACCGUCAUGUAUUACCUGAACAAACAGGGAGGUACCAGAUCUCGUACACUACUCAACAUCACACUCGAGGUCUGGGAUUGGUGCAUAGACCGGAACAUCCUACUCCAAGCAGUGCACCUGCCGGGUGCCCAGAACGACCUGGCGGACCUUCUCAGCAGGUCUCCGUCCCAAUGCCACGAGUGGAGACUCCACCCCGAGACGGUGCUCGACCUCUUCAGUCGGUGGGGAACCCCACAAAUAGACUUGUUCGCGACUGUCCACAACACCCAUUGUCCCCAGUUCUGCUCCCGAACGCCGAACGAACAAUCCCUCGGGGACGCGUUCGGGUUACUCUGGUCGGGGGUUAUGCUGUACGCGUUUCCCCCCUUUCCGCUGAUCACCAGGACAGUCUCCAAAAUGACAUCGGAUGCCUCGGAUGCCAUCCUGAUCACUCCGUGGUGGCCGGGACAGCCUUGGUUCCCCUGUCUCCUCCACCUAUCCCAGACCAACUUCCUCCGGAUCGAACACAGACCGGAUCUCCUCACGGUUCAAGAGGGUCGGGUUCGACACCCGGACAUUGA